AUGGCCUGCUGGGCCUGGGCUAAAAACUUUGGAGAUGAUGAGAGGGUUAAAGGUCCCCUCGGGUGGCCAUCCCACAUGAAGGUGGGCCACUCCGAGGAGCAGAAAGUCUGCCAAUGUCCUUUGCGGACGCCCACAGAGAGGUUUCUGUGCUCAGCCUCACACAUCCUUGAAAUGGUCAAGGAUUGCGCACUACCGAGAGACAGAAACACAGACAAAUACAAAAUGAAAGUAACUCAUGUCUCCAUCGUUUGCCAGUGGCCCGGGCCAAAAAGGGCCUUCAGCAAGGUGAGUCAGUGGUCCCGGAACGACCCCCAAAUCCCGGACGAGCCCCCAAAUGUUGGACCCUGGCCCAAAAUGUUGGACCCUGGGAGUCCAAUUCGCGCUACACAAAAAUGGUUGAGCUUCGCCUCAACCUUUGGAGACAUUAACUCCAAUUACAUCUUUCUAAGUGUAGCAGGGGCGCUGUUUUUCUUCUUAAUUUACCAUAAAGUUGAACCCUUCUUACUCGCACAGACCAAUCAAGACACCCGAAAGCAAGAGGACAAAGCUAAGAAAAAGAGAAAAGUGUCAUCUAAAGAGUUUAGAAGCUCUCAAGAAAAACAGCGAAGGAGCCUGCUGGCUGUGGUGCAAAGCCCCUCUGGACAACUGUAUGAUCCCUCCCACUUCCGGAAAUUCCUUUGUCCAGAUCCCGGUUGUGACGUAUGCAAUGGAGCAACAGCUAAGGUCAGCCGACUGCUCUCAAGGGCCAACCUAGAAGAUGAUGCUGCCUCAGUAUCCAGUGUGCCUUCCACAGAUUCUGUGACUGUGACCUCAUACACUCUGUCCCCUUCUGUCUCACCAAACCCUCCAGGAUGUCACAUUUCAUCUCUUUCAUCUGCCCCUUCUCCUCCUCCCUCCAUCUGCUCAACUAACAAGACCAUCCCCUUGGAAGACAUAUGCUUGGAGACACCACAGGGCGACUCUCUGCCACCAAAGCCUAUACUUCCUACAAGAUCUAACUUGCCACCGAACCACAUCCCACCUCAUCCACUUCCCAUGUGUCCUCCCGUGGCACAGCCUGCCAUUCGGCAUGCAGAAAGGCCUCUACAGCCAGAGACUACUCCAGUCAUGGCAGGCAGCCCUACUGAGCCCUCCGUGAAUGCCACAAUAUGUAAGGAUGCUGGUGCUGCCAAGUCAGGGGUCCCCCAGCAGCAGACCAGCACCCACAACUUCUCCCCAUCCCAGUCCAAAUGCUUGGUUAACCAAGUGAUAGAUAACAGCCAUUCUGCUGAAGCUUUCUGUGAGGGACAAGCCACAGUCCGUUUUAAAGUGCCUGGAAACCCCUCUCUUUCCAGUCCUGAAGACCUGGUGGUGCUGGACACACAAGACAAAUGUCAGGCUGAUGUCUUAACACCAAGGGAUGAGGAAGGAGAAGCAGAAUCUGGCCAAAACAUAAUUGCAAUUUGGAAGGAAAACUCAGGAGGCUCCUCCCUUCCUCUGGGGGGCAGCAAAGGCACGCUGAGCAAAUGGAAUCCUCCCCAGAGGCAUGCUGACCUCCAAACUUCUGUUGGCCAGUUAGAGCACAGGCCUGUGCAGCUCUUCUGGGGCCUCCCAUAUCUCCACAGCGAGUCCAUAGGUGCUAUCACCACUGUGUCGGCUCACGGCUCCUCAACGUGCAUCUGGUUCAACAGAAACUUAGAGCCCCCAGUCCUGACUCCCUCCACAUCUCUGUGCUUACCUGAAAGGCAAGCACAGGCCUUGGCCCAGUCUCCAUGCCAAAGUCUACUGCUUGCCAGGUCCCAGGCCCAGCUUCCUCCUCCAAUCCCAGCGCUGCCUCCUUCCCCUCAACCUCAGCUAAGCAUCUGUAGGAUGUAUUUUCACAGGUCCAAAGAUGGGGCAAAAUCUCUGGUGCCUUCUGAAAUCCGCCACCUAGAAUACAGCAUCAUGACAAAAGGAAAGGAAAGGGUGCGGGCUUUGCCCUCUGUGGUCCGACCUUCUCAGGAAGAAAUUUCUCUCCUUCCUUCCAAGGCCUCAUUGGCCAGGCAGCCCUCUGAGACCCACACUCUCAGGUAUGUCCCUCCUGAGACCUUACCCUUGACUGAUGAAUUCCAGGAGAGACUGGAGCAUCACCUUCAAAAGAGGCUCAUUCUACAGCACCAGGGCCUGCCCCAGAGAAUCCCAAAGUCUCAGCCAUGGGUGAGUCCUGACCUUCCAGAGUCAUCUAUGAGAAGCUCUAGGCUCCCACCCUUGUCUUCCUUUAAGCCCCAAGACAGCAAAGACCCCCCCAACACUGCGUUCAAACAGCCUGCAAGCUCCCAAGAGAGGUGCUCAGAGGCUCUCUCUGCAGAGGGAAAAAUGCAAAAGGCACGAGGCGAGAGUCCAGAGAUGGUUCAAAAAUCUCUGGGGAGUAACACCAAGGGCAAACUAGAGGAUGGCCUACAAUCUGGCUGUGAGAAAACCCCACAACGCCACUUCGGCACUCCUCUAGGCAUCUCACGGGUGAGCCAAUGUCGGGAAAACAUUGAAGCUAUCCUGAGAGAACAGCUGACCAGGCAUCUCACUGCGGGUCAGGGCUCUGGCACCAUGUCCAGACCAGGGCAUCCUCCUCUCCCUUUUAGCUCAGGUGUGAGCACAGAAGAUCACAAGGCCCAUAGACAGUCACCUUCUGAUAACAUGCAAAAAAUGGCAAAGUCUACUCUGCCACAGACAUCCAUUGUCUUAGACAACACCAGCCUGGAAGAGUCAGCGGCCAAUAGGCACAGCCCAGAUGUUCCCAGGAUGUCAGCUGAGGCUGGCCCUGUGCCAUUGGGCAAGAGCCUGAGUUCUGACCAAACAGUCCAGGGGCCUCAGGGAACAAAUGGCAAAAGCAAGGUCAGUGUCAUAGUCAAGGGAGGGCAGCUCAAUGGUCUUCAACCACAACCUCCCAGCCAGUGCAAGAAGGCCCAAGGGGCAGAUGGGUAUACAAAAGCACAGAGUCCCCUGGUAGCUGGAGGGGCUGUGAAGAGAACAUCAGGUCCCCAGGAGAGUCAGACAUGUGACUUUAACAAACAGGUGUACAGGGAAGCGAAAUUUAAAUGGGAAAGCAGUCAGCCCAUCCAAGCUGUAAGGCCCCAAAAGGACACGCUCCCUGUCCCUCACAAACCUUCACUCAAUCUUGAGCAGAGCCCUUCCAGUGGAGCCAGGAAUGGUUCUCAGGGGCAGAAGCUUCGCUCGUCCACAGCAGAGGCUAGUGUGCAACAGCCGAAGGGGCACUGGAUGCCCCCAUGUGUCUCAGACAAGGGCCAGAAGAAGGACACCCCUCCAUCUUUCCCAAGGAAACCAGAGGAGCUUGGUGCAGCAGUUGCAGGGCCUGGGACUUCACAACCCAGUGGGAAAAGCUACCAUGUGCAAGACAGCCCAACCCUGGGGAUUCAUGGGAAAAAGGCCACCCCACCCCUGCCACUGAAGACUCUGACUCCUCCUGAACACCAGUUUGGAAAGCAGGUCAAACACUUUUUCCAGUGGCUUUCUCCUGAUAAAACCUGCAAAGGACAGGAAGGGUUCCUAAGAAAGAGUACUCCCCCAUCGUCACCAGGGCAGGACCCAAAGCUGAAGUGGAGAGCUACCCCUCCUGGGAACGCUGUAGCUCAGAACACUGCAGCUCAGAAAGCCCUGAGAGACCUUGGGAAAGUUCCCAAGGAGCACCUGGGGCAAAACCAUGGUGCAGCAGAUAGCAUGCACCCCAACGUGCCCCUAUCUCCUCCUACCAAGCCUGUGGCAAUUAAGACAAGGAAAGAGUCCUGGGUCCCAGCAGAGACCGUCCAGGGACAUCAGUUCUACCGCCAAGGAACCUGCUGCAAAGAGCCAAGUCCCAGGUCCUACAAUCAGGCCACUGCUUUGGUUGGUCAAAAGAGAUGGGUGGAAGACAAGGGCAGACAGCCCCAGAAGUGUGAGGCUUUGCAGCCCCGCCCACCUACGCCCCACAGAGAGCCAGAACUGCACCAGAAUCUCCUUUUGAGAAGUCGAGCUGGGCAAGGUCCUCGGGCUGCAGGCCCCUUCGCUGUCUUGGCAGACGUGUCCCACUUGUGUGAACAAAAAAUCUUGGCCCAGAAUCCCGUCACAAAAGGUCUUCUUCCCCAGAAACAAUUCACCUCUUAA